UGUCUUCCCCCACUGAGAACCAGCCGAGUAUAAACUCCCCAUCCCACAUGGAAGCGGAGUACACCAACAUGGGCGCUGAGCUCAGCACGGAGUCUCAGGAUGACCGUCCGUUCCGUGAGAUGAUGAUAGCCAGUGACCUGAGUGGGAGUGUGGACGACCCUGACAUCACCAUCAUCAGGGACUACACGUCAUCCAUGAGCAGUGCAGUUAAAGUAGAGAUCACAGAUGCUAACGAUGCAGAGUUUAACUACAGCACAUCGGCCGCCCUCAGGAAGUGUAAGAAGCAAGUUCUACAGCCGUAUGGGAGACUACUUGCACUGAUCGGCUGGCGUGCUCUUGGUCGUGAGUCCAUCUCCUACAACCUUGGCUGGAAGGUCCUGAACGUGCUGUACACCAUCUUUAUCCUCUUCCUGCUCAUCUUCUCCUACAUCUUCCAGAUCCUGGUCUGUCAGGGCAGACUCAACAUACACACGGAUGUCAAGGCUCCCACAGAAACCCCAGCCACAGCUGUACCACAGACAUCAUCCAGUAGGACACCAGGUUACAUCAACGAGACAGACAUGUUCACAGCACAAACCAUCCCUGCAGCAGCCACCAACACCAGCGACAUCGACUCCUACGCCCAGACUGCCCAGUGCUCACAUGUCUUUACCACAUACGUGGUACCAGACAUCCUGCACUUCAUGGCCUACCUGCUAGGGUUCUUCUACUUCCGUAUACAGGACAACGAGCAGCUGUAUGCACUGAUGGAAAAGGUCUUCCUCAAGGCAUCUGUAGCCCAGUCUAGAAAUGUGUCAAGAGCCAAAAUGAUCCAAAUGUCAAGGAUCUACCUGAUAGCAGGUGCCUUGUGGGUCGUGUUGUCCCUGGCUGUACAGGGAGUGUUUGUGGCUGCCUUUGGUGUGGAUAAGAUGGCUUUUCUCCUGGGGUCUACUGUACAAUGGAAAGGCUGGCACAUCAUGCUGAUCUGUCUACAGAUGUUGGGGGCCUUGGUGACCAACGCGGUGAACUAUGCUGUAGUAGUGAACUACACAACGCAGUGCGAGAUGAUUAUUUACUACAUGAAGGGCAUCUUCAGACGACUGCAGGAAAAAUCAACCGACCUUAAACUAGCCAUGCAUGAUAUCUUGGAUGCAGGAAAGUCCAUCUCACAGCUAAACGGACAGAUUGCCAAAAUGACAUCCCUGUGUGCAGUCAACUUUGCUGAAUUAUCAAUUAUUGGUCUGGUGAUCCUGUUCCUGAACCAGUUCAACAGUGUUCUGAUCUGGGUGUACAGAGGGACCUUCCCCAUCCUGUGGCUGGUCAUCCUCAUCGUGCCUCUAGUGCAGGCCGCCCGGCUGAAUUCCACCAUCAUGAGCCUAAAGAGGAUCGGGCUGGACAUGCGAGUCUUCGGCUACCAGAACUCCUCCCAGCUGGAGAGGGACUCCUUCCUGCUCUUCCUCCUUAACCUCAACUUCAAGGCCAAGUUGUUCCAUAUCCCCAUCAAGCCGUCCUACCUGUUUGGUAUCCUGGUGCUGGUGACCUUUACCCUUUUGCUACUGCUUCAGACUAGUGUCAUUGGAGGGUCAAGCAUCUUUCUGUAAGGUCAAGGGUCACGAUAGCACUUCCUGUUGGGUCAUAGGUCAUAGGUUAUGACCAUAAAAUGUAUUUAUAAAUCCUGCCAAGUGAUGAAGUCAUGGCUCAAUGAUUUCUAUGUGGAAGGAUGUCAUAUGAGGUCAAGGGUGAACAAGAGGUCACAGUAACACUUCCUCUAGGUCACAGGUCGUGUUUGCACUUCCAGUAGGUCACAGGUUAUGGUACACCUCCUGUAGGUCACAGGUUAUGGUUGCCCUUCCUGUAGGUCACAGAUCAUGGUUACACUUCCUUUAGGUCACAGGUUAUGGUUGCACUUCCCGUAC